GCGUGUGUUCUUGUCUAGAAUGGCACUUGUCCAUCGAAUACCCACUUUCUCAUCCAAUUUUCGAAAUUGGAAGAAGACCAAUCCUAUAAAUCCUAGUCAUGUUUCUUCUCUCCAUUACAAAACCCAGAUUACUGCGUCUUCUUCUUCUUCGCCCUUCACGGAGAAGCACUCUGUUGAGAGAUACCAGAGGGAUCAAUGGCUGUACAAGGAAUCCCCUCCAUCUCCAUCACCGUCUUCGAAUCAAAAAGAUGAAGUCUUCUUUAGGGAAAACGACAUCGCAUCGCAGCUUCCGGAGCUGAAGAAGCUCUUAGAGGUUCUGAGAGAAAAGAGAGAGCGUGGAUGUAGUGGCCGUAAUUGCGGACCAGGAGAUGUGUUUUUAGUCGGGACAGGACCAGGAGAUCCUGAGCUUUUGACUCUUAAAGCUGUCAGAGUCAUUCAAAGUGCUGAUCUUUUGCUAUACGACAGGCUUGUCUCUAAUGAUGUUUUGGAGUUGGUUGCUCCUGAUGCUAAGCUUCUUUAUGUUGGCAAAACCGCUGGUUAUCAUAGCAGAACUCAAGAAGAGAUACAUGAACUACUCUUAUGUUUUGCUGAAGCUGGUGCUACUGUUGUGAGGCUUAAAGGUGGAGAUCCUUUGGUUUUUGGACGAGGCGGGGAAGAAAUGGACUUUCUGCAACAGCAAGGGAUCCGAGUUCAAGUUAUCCCAGGGAUUACUGCUGCGUCAGGGAUAGCAGCAGAGCUUGGGAUUCCAUUGACACAUCGUGGUGUUGCAACUAGUGUGAGGUUCCUCACGGGUCAUUCUAGGAAAGGAGGAAGCGGCCCUCUGUUCGUUGCAGAGAAUGCUGCUGACCUAGAUACGACUCUUGUUGUUUAUAUGGGUUUGGGAACUUUACCUUCUCUUGCGCAGAAACUUAUGGACCAUGGUCUACCUUUUGAUAUACCAGCUGUUGCGGUUGAACGUGGAACUACUUCUCUACAGCGUACUGUUUUUUCAGAGCUAAAAGAUUUUGCAAUUGAGAUUCAGUCAGCUGGAUUGGUGUCACCAACGCUCAUUAUUAUAGGAAAAGUAGUCGAGCUAUCGCCUUUGUGGCCACAUUCCACUAAAGAAUCCUCCUACCUUGUUGUAGAGACUCAUUAGAUUUUUGGUUUCUUACUUUACGGGUAAGUGGCUUCCACGGGGGGCAUAACGGUUAGGAUCUAUGUAUGAAACAUGAAGAAAGUUGAAGAAAGUUGACAGAUGUAAUAAGCCAAAGGAAAGGCUGAUACAUUUCUUCUGUUCAUGUUAUUUGAUUAUUUUUUGGACAAUGCCAACGCCUUGAUGUUAUAAAUAAACUUCAAAUAGAGCCAACAAGCAAGUAAACAAUAGUUCUUCCUAGUUGUGAUUAAUGGUUAUUAUAAAUGACUAGCACAUCACGGUUUUUUUCAUAAACACUUGGUCAAC